AUGGGUAACUACUCGAAAGCACUUGAAUUUUACGACAAAUCACUUGAAAUAAGAGAAAAAGCUCUGCCUCCGAAUCAUCCCGAUUUGGCUACUUCCUACAACAACAUCGGCAUGGCUUAUUCCGGACAAGGUGAUUACCCAAAAGCACUUUCAUAUCUAGAAAAGGUACUUGCUAUCCGAUAAAAAUCACUCCCGCCAACACAUCCUCUUAUUGAAACGACAAUAGAUAACAUUGACAUUGUGAAAAAGAAAAUGUAACUGUGUUGUUUUUGCUUCUCGCUUACUCAAUAAAUUGAUUUCAAUUGCUAUUCACCUCACUUCCUGGCUUUUCUCGGCUCAUUUUCGCGUACGCGCGUGCGACCAGGGAGACCCCCUGUAAGCCCGCAAUGGGUACAUGCAGAGCGGACCACGCCGGACUGGUAAGACAUGAUCAUAGGUGUGAC